AUGACGUGUUCGGUGGUUCCACCUGAGCUUCGCUGUUUUCGGCACAUAUUGCAUAUCUACGCCCGCAACCUACCGCUAAAAAACGCCGGAGAUGAACCGGGGGCACAUGGCGAAAGCAAAGAAGCCCAGGAGAAUGAUCGGCGAUGUAUAUCAUCUUAUUUUGUUAUUAGUUCUGCUCCGAAGACCACAAACCAAAGAGGUUCAGAGGCCGCUGUUGAUGCGGGUGUCGCUGAGAGGGCUUCCACCGAUGGGGGUCGCUGCAUUUACAUGAGUGAGGUUCAGUGUGAUACUCAGCAUCCGGUGUGGCAGCAUAUUCCGGAAUCGGUGCGGAUGCAAUUCGCAAGUCUGACGAAGUUUAUCUUUUCUCUGUACUCCUGCACAACACAUCUGAAAGAUCCACGACCGGCACCUGAUACGGAUUUGCUUCUGUACGAGAUGUUGGUGGAGACGUCCCAUGUACAGUUUGUAGCACCGAGCAUGACAGCCGCGGAUGAGUUACCGCAACUGCCCUGUCAUGUGGACAAUGGGUUGCAUUCUUUUGUCUUGUUACUGCGGUGUAGCGAUGGUGUUUUCUUUCCGCUACACCAAGGCAUGUGUGCGGAGCGGGAGGACUCUGCGGAAGCACAAAUAUCACUGUUCAAAAUGGCGGCGCCAACUGCAUGGGGAGCUGGUGGCUCGGUGACCUCAUCUCAUAACGAGACCCGCAACGGCGCGCUGCUGCGACGUAUUGACAGUUUGAAGAAUAUGUCGGUCGGAGACCUGAAGGCCUGUUCGACAGGCACUUUGGCGUGGGUCUAUUUGAACGAAUUCGGCUCAGCAAGGGCUAAAUUGCAGAAGGCACUCAUGGACAAGGCUGAUAAGUACGGCUAUUUGGGAGGAGAGGGUGCGGUGGUGGGGGCGCAGCAUGCCGUGCUGAAGGCGCGCUUGGAGAGUGCCCGCGAGAGGCAGCGAUAUGAACUUCUGUCCUUGGAGAAGCUGCGUAGAGAAUAUGCGGAUGAACGGAGGGCCGCACUGUCACUAUACACGCAACUGGAAACGGUAGAGCAAAAGUUGGAUCAGGAAAGGAUGGAACAGGAACUGUCCAUCAGCACGGUGCAGGAGCAGGAGCGAAAACAUGCCUCCCUUCGCACACAGCUUGGGCGGGCGAGGUACUACAGGGUGGUGGAGUUGCGGGAGCUGUUCCCCAUCCGCUGCGCUGGUAACUCUCUCCACACCACGGCGGCCGGCACUGGGUAUAGUAUAUGCGGGUUCCGCUUGCCAACACUCAACCAGUCAGAGGGGGUGUCAACCGAGUUGCUGCAGGAAUGGGGUCUCUCUCUUGGUUGCGCGGCGCAUCUCGUGGUUGCGUUGUCCACUCUUUACGGUUGUACUCUCCCACAUCCGCUCUUAGUGUGUGGUGGGCGCAGCUACGUACUGCGACGGCCUGUUCUGUCACCUGAGGUGGUGUGCUCUCCUGGAAGUGGGACGGGUAGUGACGUACGAUUGCCGUUGCAUUGCUGUCGGCUAGCCGACCGGUCGAUUAUGGAUGCGGCUGUGCUCUUACUUCUCUUAGAUGUGGCCUCAGUAGCAAGGGAGGCUGGACAGGAUGUCAUCGCUACCCGUGCCGAGGAAGCCGCUAGGACAGUGGACGGCAUAAAAUUGCUGGGUGAUAUUUUGCAGGGUUUGCUUUUCCGUCCCCCAAGUCCAACAGGUUCUGCAGUAGCGUCUCCAAAUGAUCAAGGAGUGUGA